AUGCGUCGUACGCGCCGUCAGGUCCGGCAGGCGGUGAUAGAGAGGGAGGAGGAGGAGGAGGAGCAAGGCUGGAUGAGCGUUUGCGGCAGCGGGUGGCAGCAGGCGACUUUUGAGUCGACUCAAAAGUCAACCCUGCCCCCGCCACCAGGCUGGAUGAGCGUUUGCGGCAGCGGGUGGCAGCAGGCGUGGCGGGGUGCCAUGCAGUGCGCAGCGCACCAAGGUCACGGGGACUCGGAUCCUGAGGACGUGUGCGGACAACCGGUUGCGAGUGUGGGGCAGUGUGUUGGGCGACCUGCAGCAGCCACCACCAUCGUGCACUCUCACGACGACUUCUCCCUCAACCUCUCGCCCUACAAGGCGCUCUGGGACCCCAAGGACGAUGCAGAGCGGGUGGUGGUGCGUGGGCGGUACAAACGAGACUACAGCAGAGUGGCGUUGCACCCCAUAGACUUCCUGGACGCCUCCUCGGGUGCGCUGCUGGGCUCCGCUAUCCCACCCCUCCUCACCACCAUCUCCCCCGUCAACCUGCCGCACCCCCGCUGCGACCUGCUCGCUACUGGCAGCUCCAGGUGA